AAAUGUUUAGAUGAUACGGGUGUGACAUAAAGCCGUCGACGAAGACAUGUGGCAUUUGGCCACUACGCCGACAGAUUGUUUCUCCAUCAUAUCUGAUGUCCAUGAAAGCGUGCCUUUUUGCCAAAGUACUGCUGUCCGACAGCAAGUGAGACCUUUGAGUAGUUGGGUAGACUCGAGUUAGCCUCUACCCUCCGAACAGCUGUCUGGUUUGCUGUAACGAAGCCAAACUCUUUGCGCAAGUUGCAGGCGAGUAAGGUGGCAGAAAGUCUACUAGUUAAAGCGUAAAAAGUUGUGGCACAAGGCGCCAAUCGACGAGAACUCUUCGCGUCCGCUUUUUGCAGUUUUCUUGCGGGCGAUUGGAGUAGAUAUUGACCGAUAGCCAAGGAAAAAAAACACAAGCAGAGCUGUAGGAAGUAGCAAAGACGUUGUGUUCGUGAGGGAGAACAAGAACGCAGACUUUACCUUCUUCACGGAAACGCCUUGUGGAGACUGAUCUAGCUAGUUCCUGGAGAUCGCAAGGCCGUCAUGGCACGUUCUUCCAACUCUCCACUGCCGGGAACCUUGGGUCCUGAAGGCCCAGAAGGCCCCAAUAUGCGCCGUCAACCAUCCUCUCUAGGCCCGAGCUGGAGUCGAAGUGUCAGUUUUCUAGAUUCUGAUGUCCUGCCGAGUCCAGUGCCCUCACGACGGGCCUUCAAUCCCUUUUACAAUUAUCAUGCAGACCGCGCAAUGCAGGAGGAGGACACUAAAUACUGGGCUCAUCGUCUCACCAAGGCAGAAACAGAGCCGUUUGCAGGAAACUCCUUGUCUAGGGACUCAUCACAUGGAUCAGACAUUCCCCAUUCUCAAACAGCUCUCAACGAGCUUCACCGAUUUCCAUCCCUGAGCCUUGCCGAAAGAAUGGCCGAAUAUGCGGGCGCACCGGUCACAUCGGAGGUGGUGGCAAAGUACUCUAAAGCCGAGAUUAAAGACAAAGAACUUAGUGAUGAACUCCAGAUGAUAUUCGAGUCUCUCCAGAAAUGUCUACAAUUGAGGAAGAGAUACAUGAUGGGCAGUUAUCAGUGCGCUGGUGACAAUCCAAAAGACGCAGAAGACUGGGAAAUUUAUCCACCCCCGCCGCCUCCGAGUUAUCCUCCGCCGGAUGAGGCAGACACGACCACCUUCGUUCCCGAAGCGCCACCACCUCAAGAGGAGUUUGAUAUUUCAAAGUGUCGGAUACCGGAGGCUGACACACGUCAUUUCAAGCUACGCGAUGACGGUGUUUUUCAGAUUUACAGUAGUCAGGGGGAUGCCGAAGGAAAUUCGCAUCCCUUGUGUGAGGUGCCAUCCAUUAAGGAUUAUUUCGUUGAUAUGGACUAUAUUCUCAACGUCAUAUCGGAUGGUCCAACAAAAAGCUUUGCGUUCCGUAGGCUUCGCUACCUGGAGAGUAAAUUUCAUAUGUAUGUACUCCUGAACGAGUACCAGGAAAUUGCAGACUCCAAGCGGGUACCACAUCGGGAUUUCUACAAUGUGCGGAAGGUCGAUACGCACGUACACCACUCCUCUAGCAUGAAUCAGAAGCACCUUCUCCGGUUCAUCAAGUACAAAUUGAAGAAAAGUCCGAAUGAUGUCGUCAUCUUUCGUGACAAUCAGCACCUCACGCUCAAAGAAGUAUUUCAAAGUCUGCAUCUCACAGCGUACGACCUUAGUAUUGACACUCUUGAUAUGCACGCGCAUAAGGAUUCGUUUCAUCGCUUUGACAAAUUCAACCUCAAGUACAAUCCUAUUGGCGAAUCUCGCCUCAGGGAAAUUUUCAUGAAAACGGAUAACUACAUUAAUGGCCGAUAUCUCGCCGAAUUGACGAAAGAGGUGUUCUCCGAUCUUGAGGCUAGCAAGUAUCAGAUGGCUGAAUAUCGUGUAUCCAUCUAUGGGCGGUCGACUCAAGAAUGGGACAAACUGGCAAAAUGGGUUGUAGAAAACAAGCUAUUCUCCAACAAUGUACGAUGGUUGGUGCAGGUUCCACGUCUGUAUGAUGUCUACAAAAAGUCGAAUUCCAUCAAAAGUUUCGAAGACGUUGUGCGAAACGUAUUUCAACCUCUGUUCGAGGUGACAAAGGACCCGAGUAGUCAUCCAGAACUGCACAUUUUUUUGCAACGCGUUGUGGGCUUUGACAGUGUGGAUGACGAGAGUAAGGCUGAGCGACGGACGUACAAGAAAUAUCCGUAUCCAAAAAAUUGGGACAUUCCUUUGAAUCCUCCGUAUUCUUACUGGCUUUACUACAUGUACGCGAACAUGUCUACACUCAAUUGGUGGCGAAAGGAGCGCGGAUUCAAUACAUUUGUGCUCAGACCGCAUGCUGGUGAAGCCGGGGAUACGGACCAUUUGACAUCGGCGUUUUUGACGUCCCAUAGCAUCAGUCACGGCAUCUUGCUCCGCAAAGUUCCUGCUGUACAAUACCUAUACUACUUGGACCAAAUAGGCAUUGCAAUGUCGCCGUUAUCAAAUAACGCCUUAUUCCUGACGUACGAACGCAACCCUUUCCUGAACUUCUUCCAACGUGGGCUGAAUGUUUCGCUCUCGACGGAUGAUCCCUUGCAGUUCCAUUUCACAAAGGAGCCCUUGACCGAAGAAUAUAGUGUUGCCGCUCAGAUUUGGAAACUAUCUUCAACCGAUAUGUGUGAGAUCGCUCGCAACAGUUGCUUGCAAAGUGGAUGGGAAAUGCAGAUUAAGAAGCAUUGGUUGGGUGAAAGAUGUAACCUGCAUGGUCCGGCGGGCAAUGCUAUUCACAAGACGAAUGUGCCCAAUAUCCGUCUGGCCUAUCGGUACCAAACCCUCAUGGAAGAGCGGUAUAUGGUCCUUGGAUCAAAGUGGCGAGCUCAAGGCAUUAUUGAAGACUCUGCACCCAGCACCGAGAUGCAGGAUACAGCAAUCGUCGCGGAAGACCAGCACAAGGUUGCAGUUAGCAGUCACCUUCUUCCUGGGGACUUUAGAGAACUGCAAGCCAGUGCUCUGCUCGCGGAACAAGAGGACAUCAUGGCUGCUGACGGUAGUUACAUUGGAGGGAUCGAUGAAGACGACAAACCACCAUCCCGCAAUGACCCUUCCCCAGGCGGGCGCAGAAAGACAAUUCCGUCAGUCGUGUCAAAAGCUGCACCUAUUUCGAUUGCCCCAGAACCUCUUCUCCGCAUGAAUUCUCCUACCUCGACGCCGAAAGAGUACUUUAACAGCCCGACGAUGACGGGAGGCGUUUUCAAGGAUGAUGUGAAUGCGCCUUUUCUUGCGUUGGACGCUCCUGCGCUGCCCGUCAUCCCGAUAGGCGACACUGGUUUGAUUCCAGGAGCGCAUCUCGUAGCGGAAAAGAAACAAUUGAAGAAAUCGCUCGACGCUUCUGACACUAUCCAAGACAAGUUUUGAACAAUAUAUCUGUAUUUUUUUGCACAAGUUUUUGAAGUUUGGAUUAUUUAUAUUAUGAAACACGUGAUUUAAUACUUUGGUAAUGAU